AUGAUGGGCAGCGGCUCCUGGCGGCAAGUAGACACGCAGCGCGCCGCCCCGCCACCGCCCCCGCCCACGACCUGCCUCUCCGCGGCCAACUGCACCGCGGGCGGCGCCGCGGCCGCAGAGCACGACGGCGUUCUGCGCAGGGAGACCUGGGUGGUGCCGCUGUUGGUGGUGUGCAGCGUGAGCGCACUGCUGAUGCUGGGCUUCGAGGUGUUCGUGGUGUGCAAGGCGCGCCAGACGGCGCCCAGCCGGCGCCACCUCUUCCUGGGCCAGACGCUGCUGCUGGGCUUGCUGCUGUGCGCCGCCGUCGCCGCCGUCGCCGCCGCCACGCCCACCCCCGCCGUCUGCGCCACCAUCAGGAUGGGCGCGGGCGUGUCGUACGCGGUGGUGUUCUCGGCGCUGCUGGUGAAGUGCGUCUUCCUGAUCAGCCUGAACGGCGGCGUGUACCUGCCGGCGGCCUACCAGGCGCUGCUGCUGGCCUUCGCGGUGCUCACGCAGGUCGCCGUCGGCGUGCAGUGGCUGCUCGCGUCGCCGCCCGCCGCCGAGCUGCGCCCGCUGCCGCCGCUGCUGCACGUAAGCGCCAUCUUGGGGGAGGAAUUAACGUGUCGUCCUCGGUGGGUGUGGUCGUGCCGGUCGCCGUACGCGCACCUGGUGGCGUCGCUGUCGUACUGCGGCGCGCUGCUGCUGCUGGUGGCCGUGCUGGCCGUCAAGUCGCGCGCCAUCCGCGACAACUACCGCGAGGCGACGUUCAUCGGGCUGAGCGCGGGCGCCGCCGUGCUCAUCGCGGCCGCCUGGCUGCUCGCCGGCCUGCUGCUCGCCACGCCGCCCCAGCGCGACGCCUGCGUCGCCUUCGGCCUCGUCGCCACCGCCGCCGUCGUCUUCCUCGUCAUGUUCAUGCCCAAGGGCCGCCAGCUGGCCGCCAUGGGCCGCGACGGCCUGUACGCCGAGGACCGCGACGACCGCCUCAGCUCGCUCAGCAGGGCCGCGUCGCCCUCCUUCUUCCACUUCACGCCCGCGCACCACCCACAGCCGCCGCCGCCGCCGCCGCACAAGGCGCCCGUGCCGCCCGGACUCACAGAUCAGGUGGCCGUGGUGGGGCAGGUGCCGAGCUACGCGCGGAUGCUGCACUACUACCCGUACUGCUACUACCCGCGCUACGCCUGCCCUUGCACGCCCGCCCCCGCGCCGGCGCCGGCGCCUCUCCCCAAUUCCGGCGACCAGUACCACGCCGGCGCCGCCCCGCGCUGGAAGAGCGGGCUGUACCUGAAGCCGGACGACAGCAACCUGUACACGACGGUCGAGCCGACGCUCUCCAGCAACCCCAACGUGUUCUUCCAGCGGAGCGGGCUCCACCCUGGCCUCAUCUACUAACACAAGUGCAGAUUACGGCCCGUCGCAGCUGCCAGUCAUACGAAAGGACUCGCGGACUGAAACUACUGAUUUCCUACUGUAUACCGUCCCUGAAACUUGGCCAGUCCUUUACAAAGAAGCUUUGUCACCCAGAAUUAGGUUUCGCGGGAUUCCCCUGGUGCUAACGAUAACUGCUUGCAAGGACAUACGACAAUGUUGACUGGAGCAAUUUCGUCGUUAUGGUAAGCUAGCGGAGUCCGAAGCGCCGCCGGCUGCAGGAUGUGAACCGAUACAAAAAAUACAAACCGUGCCAAUUUACAUUCCCUGAUCUCAGUGCAGAGAGUACAGCAGACUGCUUACUGCUCCUCAUCUACUAAAGGCGCGUUGCUGCGUCUGCUCUGUGACUGAUUAUCGGAGCUGAAGCUCCGCGGUGUGACAAAGUGUGAAAGUAGAACGUUCAGAGUAACUCACAGUGAAAAGAAAGUGAACGUCGUACCAUAUUUUCCCUAGUCAUCCUAUCGUUGAGAGACCAGCGCUCAGACAUGUAGAAACCCAUAUCUGUGUCUUCUCUGGUUUACCUUGCGUAAGUUCCACAAAAAAAGAAAAGUCACCAUCGCUGCAUCGUUGAAUAAAAUUUUAUUCAAUUAAUCGAAUAGACAUUGAUGAGUUUCGGCGCUGUGAUUCUGUACAUUGAUUUGAAAUGAACUGUAAGGUGAACUGAAAUAUACUCAAGUCAAUCUUAUGUGGCUCAUCUGCUGUCAAAGCAUUAGACUAUUAAUGGUUUUGUUCGAUUCAGGCUUGAGACUUUAAAUUCAAAAUACAUGAUUUGUUACUACCCGCCGAUUCCGUCAGGAUUAUUUUGAGAACAAACAUAUCUAUAUGAGUUCACAUUUCGUCAAAAUAUUAUAAUUUGACACAAGAAAGCUCUCUACGAGGAAAGACAGGGAGGAUCAUUUUGUGUUCAAGAAUCUUGUAACAAGAUUUAAAAUAAAUCAUUUUGUACAAAA